CAACAUAGCUGUGUAGGUGUUUACAUGCGCUCAGUGCACGCACCGCGCUCCAUUGAGUUUGUCGUCUGUGAGACAAUACGCCUGUAUUAAAUGACAAACACGCGGUAUUUUAAGAAAUGUGAACAAGAUACAAGUCUAACAUGCCUCUGCCUGACCUUCUGAAACGAGCUUCGAGCUACUUCCUCGGCUUGGAGUUCGACGAGAACGAGGAACCUCCCGAUUACGUAGACAACGAAAUUUUAUUUUGCAAGAAUAACGUGUGUGUACACCCGCCGACCAUCGCCCGCCACGAAUUGGACAUUGUUCAUCAUCCAGGAUAUUUGACUGUGACCACAAAGGUGUUUACUGAUCAACACAACAAUUCUAAACGGCCUACGCUUUUCCUCAACUGGAUACCGAACUCUACAUUACGGAGAUGUCCUUCCGCAGUUGAAACUAGUCCAAGCGACGAGCUUGGGUGCGCCACAAACAAGAUAUCUAUCAUCAAUGCCAAAGAAACUUUAAAGCCACAUAAUGAUAAUCGAACACCUAAAGUAGAUUCGAAUAAUGAAAAUGCAUUCUCGGAUUCAUCGGAAACGACAAGUCUAAACUCUAAUUCCGAUAAGCAAAGUAUUAAAUCGUCUGAUACCAGAUAUACACAGAAUGAUACAACGCAGGACGAGUUAACCUCUAGCUCGAAACCGACCGUUAAAUCAAUUGAGUCCACAAAAGAUAACGUAUUCGGCAGCUUCGAAAAGGAUGAGUCGAAGGAUGAAGUAUUUUUAUACGACAGACACGUGCGGUCCCAAUCGAUGACAUCUGUUAACAUAACGAUUGCUAACCCGAAUAUAGAAAAUGUAGACCUAACGCCGGACUCACUGUCUGGAGAUAGAUUUAUAAGGUCACUCUCGAUGAGUUCAUGUGACGAGGGUAAUCCUAAUUGGAUGAGCACCCCAGAAUUUUUAGCACUGAAGCACAAUUUGGUUUUCCCCGACAGCGUCCACAGUUCACCAGUACCGCAGCGACGUGUUCCUAUCAAAUGCCGCAGAUUUUCAGUGGAUCUAAGUCAGAUGCGUUCCCUGCGUUUGUUCUUCAACGAUGAUAACUGCACAUGUGGUCAGCUGGUCGUGGCGUCCCGUGAAUCUCAGUAUAAGAUCUUGCAUUUCCAUCAUGGCGGUCUAGAUCACCUCGCACAGGUGCUGCAUAGGUGGCAUUCUUUGCUACAUAACAUUAAAUUGACUCCAGGUUCAGAAGAGCCAAAUUUACCAUAUCGUCAUUUUAUGGUGUGCCGGCCAGAAGUACAAAAAUCGGAACAACACCCUGAAGAAGGGAAACCACCUAAAAUUACACCUGAAUUAUUUUAUGGGAAGGUCAUGAAUAGCAAGGGAGUUAUAGAAGACGAUCUCUUUUUGAGGAAAUGCGUAUUCUUUGGGGGAUUAGAUAAGGAGUUGAGAAGAGAAGUUUGGCCGUUUCUCUUACAUUGUUAUCCUUAUAAUUCUACCUACGAUGAAAGGGAAAUAAUCUUACAAAUCAGAACAAGAGAGUACGAUGAGAUCACACGAAGGAGAUUGGAGAAGAUGACGCCUGAGCAGCACGCAGUCUUUUGGAAGACCGUACAAUGUGUGAUAGAGAAAGACGUAGUUAGAACUGACAGAGGCAACCCGUUUUUCGCUGGAGAGAAUAAUUAUAACAUAGAAAUAAUGAAGAAUAUUUUGCUAAAUUAUGCCGUUUAUAAUCCGGUAUUAGGGUACACGCAGGGGAUGAGUGAUCUUUUGGCGCCCGUUUUGUGCGAGAUUAAAUGCGAGGCAGAGGCUUUCUGGUGCUUCGUAGGAUUAAUGCAGAGGGCUAUAUUUGUAUGUACACCUACAGACAACGAUAUGGAUAAUAAUCUUAGUUAUCUACGAGAGCUGAUCAGGAUCAUGUUGCCACAUUUCUACAAACAUCUCGAGAAACACAUGGAUGCAAUGGAAUUGCUAUUCUGCCAUCGCUGGAUACUGCUAUGUUUCAAACGCGAGUUCACAGAAGCGGUCGCGCUCCGUAUGUGGGAGGCUUGCUGGGCAAAUUAUCAAACGGACUACUUCCAUUUGUUCCUUUGCCUCGCUAUAAUUGCCGUGUAUGCUGAUGACGUCAUCGCACAGGACCUCAAUACUGACGAGAUGUUGCUACAUUUUAGCUCUUUGGCAAUGUACAUGGACGGUCGUCUAAUUCUCCGCAAGGCGCGCGGCCUCCUACACCAGUUCAGACAGUUAGUGAGGAUCCCUUGCACAUUGGUCGGCAUGUGUCAACGCUGCGGGCCAGGUAUAUGGGACUCUACGCAUAGACCAAGUGUGGAAUGCAACGGCGCCCACGACUUUUGCGAAUAUGCUGUUCAGUAAAUAUUAAGGGCCAUAUUACACUGUUCGAUAUGUGGUACUGUAUUCAUGUAUAUUAAAAUCAUAAAUAUAAGUUGAAAAAGCAAAUUAAUUCCACUAGGUAGUUUCUGAACUACUAUUUACUACUUAUGUGAUAUCUUCUGGUGUUGUUCCUAAGUUUCGAAGAUUUCUGAUGUCGCUUACAUUAUUAUUAUAUUUAUGACUAAAAUGUACAUAUGAUCAUUUUUGAUAGUGUAAUAGACUCCUUAGAUAUGAUCCUAUAUAAAUGAUAAUGCAGUAUGUCACAAGUGCUGGAAUCGACAGAGCAACUGACAGUUGCAAUAUGUAUGCUGCAUUACAGUAUUGGUGUGGUACAAUUAUGUUUGGUUCACGUGGCUAUGGUAUUACUACUUAUGUUGUGAAGAGCUAAGUCGUUUCGGUUAAAAAUAUAAGAUAAUUAUUGGCACAAGAGGCAUAACAUCUCCGUUCUCAGGAGGGGCAACACGGCAUGCACGAGGAGUGUCAUGGGUGACCCCAUAGAUAUCCUAUAGGCAAUCCAGUAUAAACUAUAAGUUACUGUUUUCAUGGCAUUUUCAAUGGUUAUAAACGAUAGGUUACAUUAUUAUUUUUUCUUUAGGUCUGUCUAGGUUAAUCUUUAUUUCUAGAUGAUAUUAUGGUUAUGGAUCGAGGAAAAACAGCUUUUGUGGCAUAUAUGUGCUUGGCUUAUUUUUCUAACACUUUCAAGUAGUAUAUUUAUGAAACAGUUAAAACAGAAACAACAAAAAUUCAAAAUGAUAGACGCUAUCACAGAAUACAGAGAGGAAACAGCGUAACCAACAUAAAAAAAUUACAUAGAUAUUUUUUUUUUAUAUUGCCAACAUAAUAAAUAUUUUAGGAUAAGAAGGCUACGUUACAUUAUUUUUCGGGUUAAUAUUUUCGACAAUAGUAGGUGAUAUAUUUUUCUAGAUACUGAUAAUCACAGCUUAUAGACAUAAUCUAUCUGGGUUUUAUGUAAUAUCUAUUAUGCCAGUGAUGCCACUCCUGAGGAGCAAGAUCUUUUGCCAACUAUUUAUUAGAACCUUAUUGAAUUUGCAUAAAUAUUAUAAACUAUGUUUAAUUUGUUUUGAGAUAUAGGUACAAAAUGAAAAAUAUAUAAAAUGUAACCUCGGGAAAUAAGGUAUUUUCAAAUUGUUAAGUACAAAUUAACAGUAUUAAAAACCAAAGAAUGUCGCAAAAUUUUCAUUUGCGACAAAUUUUGCCUUGUUGUGGCUUCAUGUUCACUAAAUUAUUUGAAUCUAUAUUAGUUAAGUUAUCGAAUUAUCUACACAAAAUAUUAAUUAAUGUUUCAUUAAUUUAUCUACUAUGUUACUGUAAUGCAAAUUUUGUCAAAUUGAAAGAACAUAUCAAAAUGAAGAUAAAUUGAAGAAUUAGAAGAUUCUGUAUCUAAACCAAUGAAAAGAAUAUGUUCUGUAAGUACCUAUCUAUUUAUAAGAACGUAUAUUUACCAACAUGUUAAAGGGUUACAUUGUUAUAUACAUACUAAUAUUUAAAUGGUGUAAUUUUUGUACAUAAUAAAAAUUUUACUGUAAAAAAUCUCGAUGACAGCUCCUUUGAUUAUAUAAUAAAUAAUAUCAAAAUCUGUAAUGAUAAGAAUGAAACAUAUUUUACCGUACCUACGUAUGAUUUUACGGUCAUGAUGCAACAAGAGAGCAAAAUUUAUGCAAUUGUAUGUACACAUUUAGCUUUCUUAUUACUUAUAUGACGGCAACUAUAAUGAUACAAUAACAUCUUAGGAGCCAAUUAAUUUUCUGCGCCAAUAUGACAAUAUAUACGGAAUAACAAUUUUAUGAACUUCCAUUAAAGAUACUCUCCAAUGAAAUUGUAUACAUUUUACUCUAUUAUUACUUAUAUCGUGACAGUACAAUCGUAUGACAUCAUUUCGUGGUAUGGUUAAGUAUAUAAGUAUCCAAUUUAUGGCCGUAGCUAGGGGACAUUGAGGGGUAAUGCCCUACCUUAAAAUGAAAGGCCCAAAGAAAAUUAGACAGAUUCGCUUAAAUAUGGGCCUAGCUACGGCUCUGGUCCGAUUUAUAAUGAGCUGUAAUCGAGAAAAUAAUAAAAUGGACAAUGUGCAAGUUGUAUAGGUAAGUAUCAAAUUGAACGAAUAAUAAUAUACAAGGUUAUAAACAAAGCUUGAGUUGCAUAUUUAUCGAAAAGGUAGAAUCUACAGACUUAUUACGUAAUCCUAAGCCCACAUUUGCUUUGAUCGUUGAAACAAAUAGUCAUAAUUAGCAAAAAAUUACAUGUAAUAUAUUACUUACCUAGGUAACGAUUUAAAUACAUUGUUUUUGUACAUUUACAAAUGUACUCGUUUAUAAAAUUGUAUACAAAUGUUUCUCUAGACCGUUUAAGGACAAUUGAAUCAUAUCAAUGGGCAAGAAAGAUGGUGUACUAACCCCUAAAUAAUGGGAAAUUUUUUGAGGGAUAUCGUAUUUGGGAAAUAAAUAGACAUGAUAUUUCAUGUAAUUUAUAUCCAUUCAUGGUAAUUUAUAUGUAAUAAUUGUAUAAGAUUGUAACGUAUUCCAUAUGUAUAAAAUAUGACUUGUAUAAAAAUUCCCUGUUGAAAUGAGAUGUAGUCAUGCUUUGGCUUCUAGUCGUAGAAGAUUGAAAACUAAAUACUUGACAAAUUGUAUUAAUUUGUACUAAUAUAAUUUUACUAAUAAUCCCCUUCCAAGUGCCGAGACAGGCAAAUGGUAAAUUAAAAAUAAAUAAAAUAUUGAUUCUUUCGUUUAUCAAGAAUUUGCCGCACUUUGCCUUAUGACACUAAUGUGGCACUAAAAAAUAAAUACAACCCUAUUAAUUUAGGAGAUAGGUUUCGUAUUUUUAAAUUCCCAUGUAGGUAUAUGUUGAAACUAUUAUCCAAUACAAAAUAGGGUGUUAUUGCGUUAGGUAAAUAUAUUAUGAACACGAAUAUAUUAUGAACGCUACAGAAACAGGCUCGAAGUUUUAUAUUCAAAUAGGUACUUCUAAUAUGGGUACCUAAUAAUUUAUCUAAUUGUUACCAAAAUCACAGUGUAAAAAGUAGUUUUUUGUACUAUGCUAAAAGUAUGGAGUUCAUAGUACAUUUCUAGAAAAUUCUAUAUACUUUUCGUUUUACUGUUUAUUGUUUACAAAAUAAAUUUGCUCUGCGUAUUAUUAUUAUUACUAUUUAUAUUCAAGUUAUAAAUAAUUAUUUACCAUCGUUACGAAUAAAAUAUACCUAUGCAGCAAAUAUGGGUGGUUUUGCAUAGAAGUAGGAUAGCUGCGUGAUAGGAGCACCUUUCUGUCUUUUUUAUUUCUCUAACGAGCUUGGCAGACAAACAUGAAGAUGCCUGUCAUCGGCUGAAUAUAAACGUGCAACUCUUGAAGCAAAAUCUCAUUUGACAACUCCCGGGUUCGAUUCUCGGUCGGGCUAAUUUAGGAGACGAACUUUUCUGAAUUGGCUGGUGUUUGUAUAUUUUGGGGUUGUAUCCACAGAUGUUCGUUGGUUCCUCAUAAUACAUAUAUCCUAGCUGGAAGAAUAAGCGAUUGGUGUGAUUAAGUAUUAUUAUUAUUCACUGGUGAUUUAUUUUGCUCAUUCUUCAGGUUAAUAUGGAAAUAUGUUACUUUUAAUUUAGUUAAUUUUAAUUUUUUUCAUUUAUUAUGUGAAUACGACAUUAUUUUCGCAUAUUGUGAAUUGUUACGCGUACUGUGAUAUAUGUAUUAUUGAUCUGCUUGUAAUAUAUUGUGUAAAAGUUAAUAAUGGAAUGGAAUAUAUAAUUAUAUACUUAGUUAGAAAUAAAUGUGCAAGCAUUCA